UCCGGGUCAAACAGAGCCUCCUGCUCUGCCGGAGUGGUGGUGGUUCUUCGCUGCCCAUGUUAUCUUCCAGUGAGAUCGAGCGGUAGUGUCCAGAGGCGACGAAUCACCUCUGUCCCAGGCAAAGAAACACGAGUCCUGGGAGCGGGCAGCAGCUGGGCCGUGCCAGUGAGGUCUGGCGGCUCUGCUCCUCCGCUUGCUGCUGUCUCGGAACUGGGUGCCGGCGCUGAGGGGCCUCCCGCCGACGGCAGCCACCUUCCCUGGCUCCCCUGCCCACCCUGCUGGGGAGGGCGGAAGAUGCCAGUGAAGAAGAAGAGGAAAGCCUCCUCCGGGGUGGCAGCGGCAGUAACGGAAGACGGUGGCCUGAAAAAGUGUAAAAUCUCCAGCUAUUGCAGAUCCCAACUCCCUGCUAGACUAAUAAGUGGAGAGGAACAUUUUUCAAGCAAGAAGUGCCUGGCUUGGUUUUAUGAGUAUGCAGGUCCUGAUGAAGUUGUAGGGCCAGAAGGAAUGGAAAAAUUUUGUGAAGACAUUGGUGUUGAACCUGAAAAUAUUAUUAUGUUAGUUUUAGCGUGGAAAUUGGAGGCUGAAAGCAUGGGAUUUUUUACCAAGGAAGAAUGGUUAAAGGGAAUGACUUCAUUACAGUGUGACUGCACAGAAAAGUUACAGAACAAAUUUGACUUUUUGCGCUCACAGCUGAAUGAUAUUUCGUCGUUUAAGAAUAUAUACAGAUAUGCCUUUGAUUUUGCAAGGGAUAAAGAUCAGAGGAGCCUUGAUAUUGAUACUGCUAAAUCUAUGUUAGCUCUUCUGCUUGGGAGGACAUGGCCACUGUUUUCAGUAUUUUACCAGUACUUGGAGCAAUCAAAGUACCGUGUUAUGAACAAAGAUCAGUGGUACAAUGUAUUAGAAUUCAGCAGAACUGUCCAUGCAGAUCUUAGUAACUACGAUGAAGAUGGUGCUUGGCCGGUUCUUCUUGAUGAAUUUGUUGAGUGGCAAAAAAUACGUCAAACAUCAUAGCAAGAACUGUUUUGAAGAAAAUGCAAACUUUUUGAUUCCCAUGUUAUACAAGCUAAUGAGUUAAAGGGAAAAAAAAUCCAAAGGGUGCAUUUUCAUUCAUAUGAAAGACUUAUAGUACUUUUUUUUUUCCUUUUUUUUAAAGGAAGUUUUCUUGUUACAUGUGAUGGGCAUUGAACCACACAUCUUCUGAGACUGAAUAUUGACAUUUUUGUUUGAAGUUAUGUUUUUAACAUUUCAGAACAAUAAAGAUUCAGAUUUGUGACAAAGGCCUUAAAGUGAAGAUGUCCCUUGAGUGUCAGAGUGGUAUUUAUUUUUGUAAUUUUGAAAUCUUAAAAAUUUGAAAUUCUAGGUCACCAUGAAUUUGGGGAAUUUUAAAGAUUUUAAUAUUUGACAAUGUUGAUAUGGCUCAUUUUAUUGAUAUUUGCACAGUUAGGAAGGAUAAUUAUUCAUAUUGAUUUCUGGGAUAAUGCUUUUCUGAUGCAGCUGUUAGAGUACCAUUUCUAGAUUUCAGAAGUACUCCAACUUUCAAUUCUGGGUUUGUGUAAAAGCUGCCAAGCUCUUACGCACAUAUCUUAUCUGACGUUUAGAAUUGGAAAGUUUAUAUCCAGUUAUUUUUGUUUUCUAACCUUUAGUAUUUUAAUUACGGAUAAAUGAGGAUUGCAUGUAUAUUCUUAACAUGAAUUUUAAGUUUUAUGUAUUUCUGUCAUUUUAAAAAUUUCUUUUAUAUUUGGAAGAGAAAUGUUGAUAAAUUAAUGGUCUUAAAAUUAAAUGUCUUCUGAGAGAAUUAGGGCCAGUAUUGAGGUUGUAUUGUUGUUAAUGUAGGGACUUUUAUUGAGAGCAGUUCUGUUUGCCUUAAGAAAAAUAUAGCUCUGUUGUUGUGGACUUAGUCAAGAUACAUAUACGAGAAGAUAUGAAAUCUUGAGAGAACUUUGUAACUGCAAGUUCAUUGAGGCCAUUUACAUUGAUGGUGUCGUAGUUUUGCUGUUGAUCACAACUUUCUGACUAUUAUCAAUACAGUAUCUUGAGAUGACCUUUCAUAAUUCACAUAAUAGGUACCUUUUAGUUAGCAGUGGGCCUUUUAGUUAGCAAUAUAAAGAAAAUUUAUACUCUUUUUAAACCAUCCAUAUGAAAAUGUUCAAUUUCACAAUCCAGCCACAACCUCAAUAUUUCUAGUUUCAUUGUAUAAGUGAAGAGAACUAAAUAGGGUAUUUUUCCAUAAUAAGAAAAUGUUGAUUUAAGAUAAACAUUGGUUUUGAUGAUAAAUAUGUUUAAUGAAUGAUAUUCAUUAUUGAUUACUUAAG